CUGUAUUCAUAGUCGUGACUUAGUUCCAAGAUCGUCUUAAGUACGGUCUUAAGAUGCCCUCUAGAUUCAUAGUCAUGAAUCAAGCAAAUGCUUGAGUAAAAUCUCAAGACAAGACUUGUCCAAGACGAUCUUGUUUGGAAACGUCUUGUUCGGUCUUGUCAUGAUUCAUGGACAGAUCUUGUUCGAAAUAAGAACAGACUUAAGACUAUCUUAUUAGUUAUGAUUUCAUAGUCGUAAUAAGACGUCUUGUAUGACGUACGUACGGCUAAACAAGACGAUCUUCGCCAAGUCGAGGUCGAAGUCGACUUAAGCAACGGUUUUUGGAGGUUAAGUGAGGGAACAGACGGUGUUUCAAAUGAUUGCGACAAACGUCGCUGAAUGUAACAUAGCAUUUAUCUUGAACGCCUAAUUACUUAUAUAAAAGAUAGACAAAACACCGGCCAAUUGGAAACUAAUGGUACUGGGAGCUAUUUUAUUGGCAUCUUCAAUUCAAGACGCUCAGGCAGUGUGGAAUGUGGAUUAUUGUCGCACACUGAGAGACAUCACCGUGGAAGACACCUAAAAACAACAUAUUAUUGCUAGCCAUUAUAAACGAUAAGAGUUCUACAAAAACUGCUUUUACUGUUUUGAUAAUGGAUUUGGAUAAUCUGAGAGAUUUAGCGAUAGCUGAAUUAAAUUUUUCAUCUGACGAAGAAGAUGAAGACGACGAAAUAGCGAUACGUGUUCCUAAGCGAUACUUCCGUGAUUAUCGAAAUCCGUUUGAUUUCUAUAGUGAAUCAGAAUUUAAAAGAAGGUUCCGUUUUUGUAAAAAUUCCGUCAUGUUUGGCAUUUUACCUCUGGUGGAGGAAGGACUUGCUAAAAUCAAUAAUCGAGGCUUGCCAAUACCGCCUGUUCUCCAAUUAUUAAUUUGUUUACGAUUUUAUUCAACAGCAAGUUUUCAACUUGUUUUAGGGGAUAUUAUAACAAUAUCACAAUCAACGGUGUCACGAAUUGUGUUUAGAGUGUCCACUUUAUUAGCCAGUCAUAUUAAUAGAUAUAUAAAAAUGCCAUCCACGCAAGAAUCACGUUCAGAAAAUAAACGCCUUUUCAAAGAGCUUGGGUAUGGUCCAGGAGCCAUAGGCCUUCCUUGUAUUGAUGGAGCAAUUGACUGUUGUCACAUUCGACUGGUACAUUCCAGAUUUCAAGCCAUUGGUGAAACUUUUAGGAACCGAAAAGGCUAUUUUUCCUUAAACGUUCAAGCUGUCGUUGGACCACGUACUGAAUUUCUAGAUAUAGUUCCAGAAUGGCCAGGAAGUGAGCACGACAGUCGAAUUUUUCAAAAUUCGCGUAUAUACAUGAGAUACAGUCAACAUGAAUUAGACGGAAUGCUUGUUGGAGAUGCUGGUUAUCCAGCCUUACCAUUUUUGCUCACACCUGUUGCUAAUCCUGCCACCGAUGAACAAAUAAGUUAUAACAUGAUCCAUGGGAGAACUAGAAGAAUCGUUGAGAGAGUAUUUGGAAUUUGGAAACGUCGAUUUCCGUGCUUGUCACGAGGUCUUCAAACAAAAUUGCUAACGUCCACAACAAUUGUUACAGCAUGUGCAGUCCUUCAUAAUCUUUCUUUGAUUUUUAACGACACUUUAGAAGAAGAAGAAGAAGAAGAAGAAGGAGGAAUAGAAAACAUAAAUGAACACGAUGAAGUUCCGCUAGCACCUCACUGGCAACCUGGAGAAGGUUUUCUUGUUCGAAAUGCCCUAAUCGAACGAUUGUUUGCAUGACUGAGUUUGUUCAAAUUAUAACAUUUAUAAAUAUAGUUUAUAAGAAAUACUUAGAUUAAUUUGUUAUAAUUAAAUAAUAAGUUUGUAUCGUUUUUUAUUAGUUAAUAGAUAGAAUUAUAUUAGAAUUAAAGGAUAUAAAAAACUUAAAAUGUAAUAAAAUUCUAUAUAAUUUUAUAUAACUCUAUAUAUUUUAUUUUUAACUGAAUGUCAUACACUGUAUUAUAUCGUUGAAAUUAAGUAGUAAUUUGAACUGAAAACUUACAAUACACACAAUAAAACAUAAAAUAAUCAAAUUAAAAAGAAAAAAAUAAACAUUAUUACUAUUUAAA